GCAGUGGCUUCCCCCACGCUUGAGCAGCUAGCGUUGCUGGCGUUUAGGGCACGCGGAGCUCAGGCCUGCGGCGCGGUUGGCAUCGGGCACCACGAAGUACAGGGAGCGCGGUGCCUGGGUGACCGCCAGAGAAAAUGCCGUUAUCACAGCUCUAACAACCCGUCCCUCUACGGGCAGCGUUAUCAGGCAUACGCACACUACUAAAUUACUUGGGCCCAAGGCUACGCUUCCAGCAUGGUCGAAAGAGGAAACGAAUUUCCGCUUCGCCCCUUGGAGGAAAAUGAAGUCCUCAUUUUACCACGGAACCAGGCGCCAGCAGUUCAGCGUGGCUCUCAUGCGCACAUAAGUGAAAGAGGUGAAGAGCUCAAUGGAUUACCAGCAGUGAAGACAAGUCCCAAGGACUCCUACAACCUGCUGUACUUGAUCCUGCUUAUCCAUGGCAUAGGCACACUCAUGCCUUGGAAUAUGUUCAUUAAUGCCAAGUCUUAUUUCAAGAACUACAAAUUGGCACCAGGUGUGCUUGCAAAUGACUCUGCCGAUGCGAGCGAGCUAGCGCUGUACAGGAAUGAUUUUAUGAAUUACAUUACAUUGGCCUCUCAGGUGCCAAAUUUGCUGUGCAAUUUUCUCAACCUUUUUCUUCAAUUUGGAGACCGUAGCCUCACACCGAGGAUCGUCAUUAGCAUCCUUGUUGAAGCUGCCGUGUUCAUUGCAACUGUUGUACUGGCCAUGGUGGAUUCCUCUGCAUGGCCAAUCACAUUCUUCUACAUAACAAUGGCUCUUGUGGUCGUGCUGAACAUGGCCUGUGGUGUCCACCAGAACAGCAUUUAUGGCGUGGCUGCCCGGCUUCCAGGCAAAUAUUCAAAUGCUGUCGUGCUUGGUUCGAACAUCAGCGGUACAGCUACAUCUCUACUAAAUAUUUUCACCAUAGCAGCAUCACCAAAUGCCCGCACAGCAGCGAUCUAUUACUUCCUGUCGGCCCUGUUGGUGCUGCUCCUGUGCCUUGACUCCUACUUCGCUCUGCCACUGCUGCGCUGCUACAGGCAUCACCAGCGGCUAGCUGCCAUGGCUUCUGCUCCAAGCAGCCGAACACCCCGCUCUCGCAGGCCUCCCUAUUGGCUUGUAUUCAAACAGGCGUGGCCGCAGUGCCUUAAUGUGUUCCUGAUAUUCUUUGUCACGCUGGCCGCAUUUCCAGCCGUCACAUCGGACAUCAAGCGCAUUGACAAAGAAUUUCCUUUGGAUGACAAGUACUUCACCGCAACAGUCUGCUUUCUUGGCUUCAACCUCUUUGCCAUGCUUGGCAAUAUUCUUCCCAUCUGGGUUCGUUGGCCUGGGCCUCGGUUUCUGUGGGUGGCCGUUGUUGCUCGGCUGGUGUUCCUGCCACUGUUCUUGCUCUGCAACUACCUGCCUGAGGCGCGGGUGCUGCCGGUGUGGGUAUCCAGCGAUUGGGGAUUCGUGGCGGCCAUGAUACUGUUUGCCUGGUCGAGUGGAUACCUGAGCAGCUUGGCCAUGAUGUACGCACCUCGGGCUGUGGCCAGUCCGGAGCAUGAGCCCAUUGCUGGCAUGAUGGCGGCGUUCUUUCUGGUGCUUGGACUUGUCGUAGGGGGGAAUGCAGCGUUCUUGGCUCCACGCAUUGCCAAGGGAGUCUGGUUCUGAAAGCCCUUGUAAGGUUACCUUUCAUGGGGAAGCCGCACUGAUGUGGCUGACAAAUUAAGUUAACGGGUGAAAAGAGGGAAAACACGUGCAACCUUUACACGCCAGGGCUCACGAUAUUGUACUCUUAUACGGUACUUUUGUCGUAAAAUUUCAACGGUCAAAAUUUUUUCCCGUACACAAGUGCUCAGGUGAGGAGUUUAUCUUUAUAGAUGUUUAUUUUAUUUCUAUAAGUGUCAAAGACAAAGUUCGUGCUCACUUCUCGAAAACUUAACCGCUCUUCAUGUGCAGUGCUUUGUAACUUAAACUAGAUAGACAUAUUUCAGAUGCAAUUUUUUUACUGGUGCAAGUUUUAAACUUUUGUGGAAAAGGCUUUUGCAGCCAAAUUGCUAGUGCUCACACAGUAUAAGAAAGCUGGUUAUAGCUUCCACUGUUGGCAACAAGAGUUUAGUUCAUGAUCAUUACAGAAAACAUGGCCCGUGAUUGGCAUUUCUGCCACCAUGGUUCAUAUCUGUGACGUCAAGUGCUAGUGCUCGAGAUUAUGUACCGGUAGCUAGUCACAUGCAAAGAAUUUGUCAUAGCUAUGGAUUUUACUGAAUGCUUGUAAACAGUUAAUUGAUUGCAGGUGUUAUCGUUAGGAAUAGGAGCAGAAACCAUUUGGAAGCUUCCGAGAAUGUUAAAGUUUAGACACAGGUAGCGAGGGUGCAUUUUGUAAUAGAUAGAUUGCUUAUUCAUUUUCUACUUUUUGGUUUAGCAAGUUUUGUGCAGGUUUGCCUGACAUAAGAUCAUUUUGAUAGGCAUGCUUUCGUAAGGUGCAAGCUGUGCAGCAUUGUAUAGCUUGGCUCAGUUUUAGUUCUGUGGCUAUGAAAUUGCUUGCUCUUAUAGGCGGUAGCAGUCAACAGUGAAUAUGCUGUUGAAUUGCUACUGUGUGUUUUGUUGAAUCAUCUGUACAGUCCUUUGGUAAUUUGCACUAGUCAAAUUUGAGCACUUUUUUUUUUUGUAACCCAGAAAAGUGUCUUUUAAGAAAGCUAGCUGACUAAUUCGUUAGAUUGAAUACCUUGCUCGUUAUCUUGCUUCUUCAAAAUUCAGCACCAGGAAUUCUUUCAAACAUGCAAGCAGACGUUAUUUUUUAUUAUUACAAUAGCUGCAUUUUUUAUUUCGCAGAUAGAAGCAUGAAUUUUGAAAGUUCCCCUUGCGUUGUGCCAUCUCACGAUUGCAUGUGUUCUAUUAAGGUGCAUAAAUCGAAAGAACGGGAUUAAAAACAGCAAGUUUACACCUUAACCAGAGCCUGUAGGAUUGCCGUGUUAGGAAGCAUUGUAAAGUGGUUGAUACUUCAAAACUAACAAAACAUGCUAUGUGGCUUCCACCACAAAAUGCAAUGAAUCCAAGUACAAACAGAAAAAUGCUUUUUCAUAUGAAUCUUGCCUUAGGGGUUGGGCUAGGAGGUUAUAUACCUGAAAGCAUAUAUUUAUAAAAAUGUGUCUUAAUCGUCUACGAAGCUGCCCUGCACUAUAAUAUGAAUCUGUAGGGGGGGGAAAAACAACAUAAAAAAUGAUGAAUCUACAAAACAAGAUUUCAGAAGCUCUGCCUUUUGUUGACAGAGAUCCCGAGUGUGUAACUAUUAUGGCCGUGUUAGCUUUAUACAGUAAAGGGCCCAUUGCAAUUUGUGUGUGAGAGUUAUCCUGAUCUUGAAAGGUUUAAUUCGCCAGAACCUGAAUAUUCAGAGAAGUGUUCUCUGUGAAAGAAAAAGCGCUACUUACUAACAGCUUGUACCAAUUGCCCUGUGGGUAAGGCUGGGACAACACAUCAGGCCAGAUUACUUUGUUGUGUGAAUUUUGAGAGUUCCAUGUCUCACAAAAGCAUUGCAAACAUGUUACAAUGAACCACAGAGCUUGUUGAGUAAUUGCCAUUUAAAAAAAAAACCAUUCCGGUGCAUUUGGCAUUUUUCUUUUUCCCUGCUCUUUCUUUCAUUUGUUUUAUAUUGUCUGUUCUUUGUGUAGUGUUCGGAAUGGUACAUGGUUCAUCGAAAAAUGUGUUUGAUUGUACUUUCAGUUCCAUGUCACUGCACCAUAGCUUAAUUUUCUAAAGAACUGACAUGGAGGCAGUAUGUAAUUUUUGUAUUCAGGCAGGCAUUCUAUUGACAUAACUGAAAUGUAUGAAAGUACUUUUUUUUGCAUUUUGUCUUCUACCUCUUGUGUUUGGAACUUCAAGGAAUUAUUCUAUGAUGUACAAUAUUCAGGAGCGUAUAUUUUCUUUGUCUCCUCUUGUAUAAUCUAGGGCUGUGUUCGCUAAAGCCAGCUUUAAAAGCACUUAUGCAUGCUCAGGGUAAAUUUCCUUGUUUGUUGGACUUAUCUCAGGAGCAUGAGCAAAACUAGAGAUGUUUUAUUUUGGGUCUUCAAGCUCAUAUUUUUGCUUGCUUUGCUAAUGAAGCAAUCUUUUGGCCUUUUGAAAUGGCAUAUAAUGUGUGUGCUAAGGGGGCUAAAUUGAACUACCUUUAAAACAUUUGCAUAGCAAGCAAUUUGGAAGAUUCAAUUCAGCAGUUUUAUUUAAUCAAAGUCUCAGAAUAUUACUGUUUAGCUGUUGCACGAAGUUCGAUUGUUCUAGCUGAUCAUCCAAAGAAGAGCUCGGCGAGAGCAUUCAGGAGAAGCACAACUUCUGAGUUGACUUGCUUCAGUGCUCAUUGGAGCAUACUUGUUGGAGGCCGUUUCCCUUUUCAACUUAUUGAGAUUCUUGACGCCUUUGAUUUGUAAAAAAAGAUCGUAAUCACUUGUGGCUGUCGGGAUAUUUUUGUGGAUGUUUGAUGUGAUGUCAUCUUGUAUGUGGAUUUGUACUGCCUCAAUCAGAUUGUCUUGGUCUGAUACAUUCGGAGGCAGAUUUGGGUAUGUUUAGGGUGUUUAGUGUGUUUCAGAUACAUUGCCGUCAGUUUUGAAAUGUAUACGGUCUGUUUGAGUAAACAUUUAGUCGCAUUACUGUGUCAGCAUUGUUUUUUUUUUUCUUUAAGUUUGUGAUCUCUUGAAGCUGUGUUGUAUGGGUAUGUGCAAGUGUACUGUUCUCUGUAGCUCAAUUUUCUUAUGCAAGUUCCUCACUAAUAUAACUUUAUUUUUUCUGUGGGACGCUUCAUUCACUUUUUUUCCAGUGUAUUACUAGUAUCAGAAAAUUUUUCUGGACUGCUAUUAUGCAGCAGUUCAGAGCUGUGCUGUGGAUCAAAUAUCUUUCAGUCUUGUCUCUUUUAGUCAGAUUUAAAGUAAACGAACUGUCUGUUGAGAUUGA